AUGGCACCCAAGGCAGCUGCCGGAAAGAAACCAGUAGCGGAGAAGGCUCCGGCUGAGAAGGCACCAGCGGAGAAGAAGCCCAAGGCAGAGAAGAAACUCCCGAAAGACGCAUCGGCUGCGGGAGCAGAUAAGAAGAAGAAGAGACACAAGAAAUCAGUCGAGACCUACAAGAUCUACAUCUUCAAGGUUUUGAAGCAGGUUCACCCUGACAUUGGUAUCUCUAGUAAGGCGAUGGGCAUCAUGAACUCAUUCAUCAACGACAUUUUCGAGAAGCUCGCUCAAGAGGCAUCUAAGCUUGCAAGGUACAACAAGAAGAACACUCUGUCUUCCAGGGAGAUUCAAACUGCAGUCAGACUUGUACUUCCCGGUGAGUUGGCUAAGCAUGCUGUGUCUGAAGGUACCAAGGCUGUGACAAAGUUCACUAGCGGUUAG